AUGACGGAGGCUCUGAAAUCCUUUGCCUACAUUCAAUCCAAAGCUGAUUAUUCCCUCUUUACUAGACACUCAGGAAGCUGCUUUGUUGUUGUACUCAUAUAUGUUGAUGAUCUGCUAAUUGCGGGAAACAAUCAGCAAGAGAUAGACAAUCUGAAAUCUCUUCUCUCUCAGAAAUUCAAAAUGAAGGAUUUGGAGAAACUCAGGUACUUCCUUGGUUUGGAGAUCGACCAAUCAAACUCGGGGAUUUUCAUAUCUCAAAGAAAAUAUGCUCUUGACGUGAUCAGUGAGUUUGGGCUAACAAAAGCAAGGCCUCUCAAAGUUCCCAUGGACACGCACAUCAAACUCACUGAUCCUUUACCUAGUGCUGAAAUCUAUCAAAGCUUUGCUGUCCAAGUCCUAGCUCAGUUCAUGCAAGCUCCCACCACUGCUCACUUGCAAGCAGCCAAGAGAACAUUGAGAUAUCUCUUGAACUUACCUGGCAAGGGAAUAUUGUUGGCCAGUCAGUCUGCAGUCAUACUCACUGCAUUCUGUGAUAGUGACUUGACAGGUUGUCCAGUCACAAGAAAAUCCACCACGGGCUAUUGCAUUCUCUUAGGGGAUUCUCUAGUGUCAUGGAAAGCAAAGAAGCAAAAGGUGGUGUCAAGAUCCUCAGCUGAGGUAGAGUACAGAGCAAUGGCACACACCAUAUGUGAAGUAACAUGGCUGACUUUUCUGCUCAAGGAUCUGGACAUUAAAAAUCUUAGUCCUACAACUUUGAAAUAUGAUAACAAAGCUGCUAUCUUGAUUGCUACCAACCCAGUGAUGCAUGAGAAAACCAAGCAUGUUGAAAUUGACCAACACUUCGUGAGAGAAAAGGUCCAAAAUGGUGCUAUCAAACCUGCUUAUAUUCCAAGCUCAGAGCAGCUAGCUGAUAUUCUGACUAAGAUCCUGCCAGUACAACAACACCAAUACCUUCUAGACAAGCUUGGAGUUACUUCACAUCCACACCAAGCUUGA